AAUUUUUUAAUCCGUACUGAUAGUGUUCGAGAUUUGGGCGUUAUUCUCGAUGGCAAGCUGCGAUUUCAUCUCCACAUUGAUCAUUUAGCAACUCGCUGUUUUAAGUCUCUUGGUUUCAUAAUACGUAAUUGCAGGGACUUCAAAAAUCAUGAAACCAAAAUCCAUAAAUAAAAUUACGCAAUUGUGCGUAGUCACCUGGAAUAUUGCUCGCCAGUGUGGAAUCCGCAUUACGAUGUGUAUUCAAAACGAAUAGAACAAGUCCAAAAACGCUUCUUGUGGCAUUUGUCUUUCCAGUAUCAUCUUGCUAAAAAAAAUGCCUAGUUAUGAGGAACGGCUACGACAUUUCAAGAUGAGCAAGUUGAGUGACAGAAGGAAACUUUUGGAUCUCAUGUUUUUAUAUAAUGUUGCAAAUAACAGAGUUGACUAUCCAUCUUUGAUUUCAAAGAUAAGUUUUAGAGCACCUUUUAAGCUCAGGCGACCCUCCGCUUACUCUUUGUUUUCACUCAAGUUUAAACAGCUCUCUAAAUCGAAUGUGUAGGUCUUAUAACGGUAUGGUUAAAUUGGACAAUAGUCUGGACAAUUUUGGUAGUAGGUCUUAAUCCUUUUAAACAUAAAGUAAAUAAACUUAUUAAAUCUUCCUGAAUCUUUCGUUCUC